CUCGCAUGUUUGGGCGAGUUCGCGCGCCACUCGCUCGCCGACGCGGCGUGCGGCACGCGAGCUACGUCGCCGGCGACCAGUCUUCGCUCCUGCCAAAGUGGGCGCACUCGACGCCUGUCGUCGGCGGGCUCGUCGGCGUCGUCGUCCUGCAGCGGCUCUGGGCGGCGCUGCGGCCAUCGCCACAGGCGACGCCCGGCCAGACGGACGCCGCGUACACGCCCACCGACACAAAGGCCUUGGCUCUCAAGCACCAGGGCGUUGAGCCUGGCGCGGCGGUGGAGGCGGCCGCAGCGCCGCCGGCGGCGGUGGCGGCGGUGUCGUCGCCGGCGAUCGCCGCGCCGGCCGCGGUGGUUCCGCGCAAGGACUCGCUCUUCACGUCUCCACUGGCGCGGAACACCUCCCUCUCAGAGCCGGUGACACCCGCAGAGAUCAAGCGGGUGACACAGCUGCAGCAAUUCGACUCGCUCAGCCGAAAGGCCACCAAGGAGGAGGAGGCGCCGGCCCACUCGAAGAUCGAGGCGCCUGUUUGGAUUGGGCCAAAGCCGGUCGGGCCGGUGGCGGAGGGGGGCGGGGCGGGCGGGCGGCUGGUGGGCUUCACCGACGGCAAGGACGUGUUCUUGCGCAAGGAGGGUAAGGGCGGCCCGCUCCUCUGCAACCUGACCGGCUCCGAAGGGCUCGACUUGGCUGCGGGCGGCGCGGCGACCGUCAGCGUGCGCGGCUUCAGCGCGGACGGGAAGUGGCUGCUGGCGCGGAGCGGCGAAAAGGCGCUGGUGGCGUUCCCCGUCGGCGGUACGACGCCGGUGGAGGUUGUGGCGGGCGGGAAGGGCGUGACCGUCGGCGGCGUGCAUUGCGUCGACACGCAGGAGGACUUCAGUGGCGUGCUGGUGGAGGUGACCGGGCUUGUGCCUGGCGGUGCGAGCGCCGUCUUCCGCGCCAGCCUCGACCCGGUGAUGCCGCUGCAGCUCGACACGAUGGCGCCGCUCUCGCCGGGGUCGCCCGAGACGUGGCUCGUCGACACCCCGAGCGGCGCCGUGCUCGGCGUCGUCUUUGCCGACGGCAAGCGCCGCUCGCUGCUGAUGCGCGAGCCGCUGCCUCGGAAGAGGAUCGCAGAGCCGCCCAGUUUCGGCGCCUGGAAGGAGGGGGCGGAGUGGAGCGAAGCGUCGGGCACGCGGUACGUCGGCUUCUCGGGCGGGCUCGCCUGGCUGCAAGACUUUUACUCUGGCGACGUGACCGCCGUCGCCGCGGACGGCACCACGCACCGCAUCCGCAACCGCUGAGGCCGAGGCUCCGGCUUGGCGGAGUUGGCACGCGGCGGGAGCGGCGAAGGGGGCGUGUGGCCCCUCAGAUGCGGACGCUGCGGCAUGACCAUGGGGCGGGGGAGGAGAGUCGCUUCUGAGGCGCUCGGAGGUGCACGGUGGCACGCGAAGGCUCCCACCGCGUGUUUGGCCUUUGGCGCGGUCGACACUGGCGCGGUCUUGCGGUAUCCGUCGGUCGCCCGCCCGUGCGAGUGUGGAGUCGAGGGCGACUCGGCGCGGGUGGCACGGCCCAAUUUGGCCAGGCACGAGGUGUGUGGGCGCGAAAAAACAGGGACAGCCCUCUU